AUGCGCUUCGGCCCGGAAGGGUCGAGUCACUUAAAGCCGUCUCCGGUUAAGGUGGCCAGGUGGGAACGUCACCUUUGGCUAGUACGGGACAAGCUGUAUGAAGCGCAUCGAUUGGCCAGAUAUGCACACGAACGUGAUGCGAUCCGCCAUGCUCUGUACCAGGUUCAUCGAAUUCAGUUCACAUCCAUCGAUGAUGGUGGCCUCUUAACGUGGCGCGAAAGCUCGAACCCGACCAGUGAGAGAUUACCACGGAGUUCGGUACAUCGAAUGACACUACUUCUCUACUUGGAAAAAUGCAGUCAGGCAAUGCAGCUAUUGCAACAAAUCCGAUCACACUAUCCUACUUUACACAUUCGUAUUGCAGUGGGAAGUCCUCGCGGAGAGAAUUGUACGUCGGAACCAUACACGGAUUGGAUGUGGGGUUGGGAAGACACAAGUAUAACUUGGAUUCGAUUGGCCUCGUCCGUGAAAACCGAACUUGUAAUGGUUGGACGAAAUAUGGUAGAAUUCAGCUUGGAUUCUAAUUUGAAACGAUUACUGUAUGCCUAUGAUACAUUGAGGGCGGAUAUUCUCGGUGGAGCAGUACGUCUGGAACCGGAAGGUCAGUGGUUCGCCGGUUGCUAUAAAAACUACACAAGAUGGGAUUUCUGUUCACCGAAUCCGGAUCAAUCGUGUAUGCACCACUGGCUUCGUGGGUCAAGCGUGCAUGCAUAUCUGGUUGGCUAUCAAAAUGGGAUUCCCAAAACUAAUGGAUUCAGUCGGAUCAAUCUGUACGGAGUUUGGCUGUUCACAUAUCGCAAUCCGGGUGCCAAAGUACGAAAUGUAUACAGGGAUGAUCUGCUCACUAUGUCCCACUACUCUGCCAGUAAUCCAUUGUAUGUCCCCUGGAUCCUCAAACUCGCCCAAAAGUAUCAAACGAUCCAACAAAUCAACUUGACACAAGCGGUAUCCAGGGAAUUAGAUAAAACAACAACAGAUCAGGAUAUAUUCUUGCAACAAAUUUUGCCCCAAGGAAAUAUUCAGUUUAAAGAGCUAUACAAAUCCUAA